UCUCUCGUGGUGACUACGGAAACUAGAGAAAUCGAUGUUUCGUAGAUCAGCACUUGGAAUAUAGUUUGUAAAAAAAUACAUAUUUUGAAAAAAAGUAAAUGCAUUACAAAUAAUGGCGAUGCUGAACGUGUCGGCAAAUUCACACUCGAUCGUUCUGCCGUAUGGUGAACCUGAUGCGGAGCAAGUGUUACCCGAUUACUGUCGGCUAUGCCUUGCCGAGAAUGUACAGAUGGUUGUUCCCAAAGACGACAAAGCUCUCGGUCAACUAGCGACGAAGAUUAGGGAUUGUCUCAAUAUGUCGAUUCCCGCCGGAGAGCUGAACAAGUCAAUGCUGUGCAAAAAAUGCUACGAGUGUCUCGAGCAGUUUCAUCAGUUUCGAGCGCGUUGCUCACGUUAUGCGACCUAUUUGGCCAUGCGCAAAACAAACCAGCCAGACCGGAAGCAGUUGUUGCGUUACGGCGAAAAUUGGUACUGGUACUCGUGUAUGGGAAAAAAUCUGCAAUCUGUCCACUGGGGCUGCAGUGUGGUCUGCUGUCCAGCGUACAUCGUUACAUACCCUUCCGGCAAAGUUUGCGCAAAAUAUGCACAACACUUGCAUAAGCAGAAAAUGGAAGAAGUUAAGCAGUUGUACAACAAUGGCGAAUUCGUUUACGAUGGUUUUCGAUUUAGUUUCGACUUGAUAACCCAGAAUCGUACUUUACUGUUCAGUUGCAAAAGCUUAAAUGAUCCUAACAACAAAUGUAACGCAGUUUUGAUUACAAACGAUAGGAGUGAGGUGUUAUCAGCGGGUAAUCACAACCAUGCCAGGGAAACUAUUAUAGAAUCAGCGGUGAUUGACGCUGAAAAAAAAGUUAAACAAUCCAUCGCACUGAUUCGAGGACCGUUACGUGAACUUGCUUUGUGCCAAGGUUUUUGGUACGAGACUGUAUCCCGUCAAAGCAAUAUAUCUUACUGGAACUGCAUACGGACUAAUUGUUUAGGAUCGAUGACCAUGACUAACGGAAUUGUCGAAUUCCAUGGUGUACAUUUUCACCUUCCAGUGUGGCUGAAGUGGGGUGCGUUAGCGAAUAAGCUGUCCAUCGAACCCAAACCGGCAGUGCUGAUGAAGGUAAUUAAUCCGCAAAAAAGAGUGCUGCCAGGUGUUCCUGCAGGAGCACCGCAAGAAUUACCGCCAACCCCAGUUCACAAGCCACCAGCACAAGCUUUUCAACAGCCAAAAGAUACGAUACCAUUAUUAAGCGAUCCAGAUAUAAAAGUUGAAAUAUCUGACGUUAUUUCUGACAACCCAGAACCUUGUGAACCGAUACCUCAACCUGCCAUUGUUCAGUUUUCCAACAGUGUUUUCAGUAAACAUAACAUAACUUUCAACCCCGAAACUGCAGCUCAACCGACAGCUACUCCGCAUGUUAGGUUACCCAAUAAAUCUGCAAAUGUUGAACAUAGGCAAGUACAUAAGGUCCACCAAUCGGCGAGGAGGUUAGUUCCUUCAACCGAACAUCAGAUAAGAAAGCCUUGCCCUAUAGCAAGCACACCACUUAUUCCCUCCGCCGUUGCUAACCUACAGGGUAUGCCGAAAAUCUUGCACGUUAUGUCACUAAAUAAAGAUGCUGCUGAAAAAGACAAGCAGCUGCGUUUUGCUAUGGAGCAGGCAAACUCUGGCGAUACCUCAUCGGAAGUGUCAGCAUCGGAGCUGAACAUAAAACAGGAGCUAGAUUUUGAUGAACCUGAAAGAGAAGAGGAAGAACCAGAAACCAUCACGGAUGAGAUAAUCCCAGUACCACCUAGGUUAUCGAAACAAAAACCACCCUCAGCUGAUUCAGUGUCUCUUGAUAAUAUAUCGGAUAACAACCUACCAAUAAUGAGUAUGAGCUCCUCUAUAUCUGUAGCAUCAUUCGCGAGUAUGGCAGCUCAAAAUUCGACAGAAACGGACGAUGACAACCUCAACGACCUUCAAGACGAUGAAGAAGUUCCGCCUAUCAUUCCCAUUGACGUAACGCCGUUUCGCAAUCGCUUCAAGCAACAAUCUGCCAGAGUUGUGGCACCGAAACCGCUAAACAGGAUCAAUUCUGCCAUACUUAUUAGACCACAACCAAAACCUGGUUCCACUAGGCCGACCACGCUAGCAAACAAAGAUAGCGGUGUCCGGGUGUCAUCUCUUGCAAGCGUCAAGCGAUUUUCCAGCAUAAACUUGCAUAAUACAACAAUAAAAAGGGUGAAAUGCACUAGAAUUAUCCCUGAAGCAGAGAGUACUGAUUUGGAAGCGGAAGACCCAAUCGCUGUUCCAACUGAACCGCACGAAAAGAUUGAAUCCAGCUUCGAUGAGGAAUACAAAGCGUUAAACGAUGAUGACCAAGCACCGCCCCCUAGUGUAUCACCGCUUCAGAAUUCCGCUGAUGAAGCGAGUAACGACACUGAUGCUAGUAUGGACCAAAAUCGCAGCAACAAAACAAGUGACACGGACAUGGCCACUGACGUUAUUUCGGCCGAUAAUCCCAGGCAGAUCGAAGAGCCAUCUCCUGCGGCACCUGAACCAGCAAGCAAUCCGCUUCCAGAGAGAGAAACACCAAUUCGCAAGAAACAACCAACCAAAACAGUGCAGUUGGUGAAAUUGCAAAAAUCCGACCAAAUGCUCAAUUACGAAGGACAUCUCUACAAAAUCAAGUGGUUCCAUGAACACUGCAAUUACUGGGAUUGUAUGCUACGGGAACAAGUGCACUGUGGAGCGCUUCUGGAAACCCGGGGAAACAAUCAGCGUUUAUGGACUAAAUAUGGGAUGCACAAUCACAAAGUACCUAAACCUAUUACCAAUGAAGACGGUGUGGGAAAAUAUCAAAUGCUCGCCUCGACCGGUAUCCCCAAUGUGAAGGUGAAGCAGGUGCAAACUGUUCACAUCGCGGAUAUCAAAGAACAGGAAGGUCAGAUGAUGCAUUUGAAGAUACGGAGAACGUUUAGUUUUGCAAUAAAGUUGGAGGAGAACAAGGUUAAGCUACAUUUUGCCAACUACAUUUACGAGGUCCUAGAGGAAACAAAGCCUGGAUUUAGAUGCAAAUGCAUAACUUGUCCAAGUUGGCUUGACACGGACGAGAUGUUCAGUAUAGCAAAACAAUUUGGUGGGCCUCACAAUCAUGAACCUGUUUUACCGGUGAUUGAUUUGAUCCAUGAUGAUGUGACCAAAAAGCCAGAAAAAAAUAAUGAUAAAACAUCCACUCCAGAGUCGGAUGAAACCCCAGCUUCUGGCGAUUCCGUCGAACAAACGACGGACGAUGAUGGUAAAACAAAUAUCAAAAACGAUGAUAAAAAAGUUGAUGAUGACGAUGAUGGAAUUGAAGAUUUGUUCCCCAAAACUGCAGAACCGACAGAAACAACCUCACCGAAUGAGCAAGAAGAAUUGUCUGAUGACGAUGAAAUCGUUCUGGAUCCUCUGAGUGGGGAGUUUUGCAAAAAAUCCGACAUACGCCGACGGGAAAACAGAGCACUUCUGUUGGGUAGUAAUGAGGACGAUGAUGACGAUGCGGAAGUAUUAGAUCCGUUGACUGGUCAAUUCAGACGAAAGGGUGAUAUCACGGAAAUUGUACCCUUUGACACUGAUCCCGAGGUAGAGGAGAACACGCAGCAAUUUACACCAGAGGAAGACCUGCCAAAUGAAGAUUUUGAGGAGUUGCUGAAAGGUACCACCAACGGGGAGCCAAGCACGAAAAAGCCGAAAAAUAUCAAUCCCAAUUCAUUGGCAGCAUUGAAACGUGAAAUAGCCUUCUACCAGAGGCUGCGAGAACCAAAUCCAGAUAGAAAUUUCGAAGUUCUACCACAAGAGAAUGAAUCAUGUUUCAUUCGUUUUAACCAAUUCAAUUAUCAAUUGGAUAAAAUAGACAAAUUGUAUUCGGUUUGGAAAUGCGUUCUGUCUCCCCAGUAUGCUUGCCGGGGGAAAAUUCACCUCAACGAGAAUUGUAGGACUGCAGUCAUGAGCGGAGUAAACCAUUGCCAUCCGGCGUCUACUGAGGAUAUGUUUUUGGCUCGCCCGCAAGAGGAAGAGGGUUACAUACUCGAUUCUAUUGCACAAAGCCAACGACAAUACACAUUCUAUAAGCGGCCGAAAAACGUGUUUCUUUUGAAAUUAGACGACGGGUAUUUUUAUAGCUGCCUGACGAUUUCUAAAACUGAUGUCAGUUGCUGGCGGUGUGCUCAACGACAAACCUACGGAUGCAAGGCGAUUCUAACGAUGGAGGGAAACUUCCGUUCGAUGGCUAGGAAUAGGUUUACGCACAGUCACGAGCAACCUGUUGAGGAGCCAACUGAAUCGGAGAGUAAACGAACAGUAGCUGAGGGCGUUUCCGGAGAGGUUGCUAAAGAGAAAGACACUGACAAAAAGAGUAAAAAACGACAAACUCUAUAGAUUUUUAAAAAAAAUUCAUAUUUUUGCAUCAAAUCUCUAGUUUUAUAAUCUUAAUAGCAUAUAGAAUAAGAACUCGUUUUACAUUUGAAUGAUCAAAAUGUGAACACAUGGGUUACAGAACAUCCUUUAAAAUAUAUGAUACUCGUGUAUUCAAUAGUUUUGCCUUUAUAAUAAAUUUGACUACUGUCCUUUUUGAAAGUUGUUGGACGUAUCCUACUCACUAGUGCAUUCACGCACUAGUGAAAAACUCAACAGCUUGCGAACAGUUAUUAUGUUUCUGAUCAGACAGUUGCGGUCAAUUUUUACUUUGCUCUAAUUGUAAACUCGCGCAUUUCGAUUCACAAGAGGAAGGUAAAACUAAAGUUUGCGUGAAAGUAAGGUAGAACGCAAGGGCAAUUUUU